AUGAUAAAGUCGGCGCAGACUACGAGGAAUACGAUCUCUGACAAGAUCGAUCGCUUCAAGAGCAAGGUGUACCGUGUGAACCCGACGCCGCAUGCCUGCAAGCGGGGCGCCGGCAGAGCCCUGAACAUCAGCCAGAUCGUGGAUUUGUACGAGGAGUUCAAGUCGUUCAUCCAGGACAGGAACCUGUACUACGUGGACAGCAACAUCGUGCGGCCGCUGACAAAGAGCUGCCAUCUCAGCCUCGCAGAGUUUAUGGGGCCUUCCACCGUGGACUGGUUUGUGUCCCACUACUGGGGCACCAACUUCUCCUACACUGUCAGAGCCUUGAAGCUCCACGCCAACUCCGUCCCCAGAGAUUCUCUGAUUACUCAGAGCAAGAUUACGAUUGCCAGCGAGGAGGGGGCGAAGUCCAUCGCCACCAGCUCGCCGAUUACCACAGCGAGCGACUGGAGGAGCCCUGGCUCCAUCUCCUACUGGAUCUGUGCCUUCAGCAACAACCAGUACCAGAUCGGCGAAGAGUUGGGGACCUCCCACGAGGAUUCGUCGUUCUACCUGGCGCUUCACAGUGAGUGGGUGGUGGGCACUGUCAUGGUGCUGGAUGAGCAAGCUGACAGAGUUGAGACAUGUGGCUCCAGGGCGAGGAUACAAGAUUGA